AUGCGUGCGGUUGGAUUGCUGCUCUUCAUAGCUGCGCAGCUGACUGCAGUGCUUGCAGCUACAGAAUCCAACAGCACGGAUACCCAUGGAGACGGCGAUGCCGAGUCGCACGGAGAACAUCAUACCCAUCCGCACGUGGCAAUCUUGUUUCCCUUCCUCGCAAUGUUGACAGGUAUCUCGAUCACGCAUCUGGGCUCACGCUGCGCAGUGGUAGCCGCGAUACCCUAUACGGUGUCUCUUCUGAUUGCCGGCGUCCUCCUUGGAGCAAUGCACAUCGAGAGUUCUCAAGGCCUAGGCACACUGUCUGAGAGCAUUGCGAUGUGGAUGGCCAUCGAUCCGCAUGUGAUUUUGUAUUCUUUCCUCCCGGUCCUUCUCUUCGGAGAUGCCAUGUCCAUUGUAUGGCAUGAUUUCCGCCGGACAGCCUUGCAAUGUGCAAUUUUAGCAGGCCCUGGUGUUCUUAUCGGCACAGGGCUGAUGUUCAUAGUUUCCCGGUACAUCUUCCCCUACGGCUGGGGGGACUUUGAAUGCGCUGCCUUUGCAAGCGUACUGGCGGCCACGGAUCCGGUAGCAGUUGUGGGCCUCUUGAAGGAGAUGGGGGCAAGCCGAGUGCUCACCAUGCAAAUAGCUGGAGAAUCCCUUUUGAAUGAUGGUGUUGCCAUUGUCGUGUGGCUAGUCUUCUUCGACUUCAUGAAAGGAAAAGAUGCAGAUGGUGGCACCAUCAUUGGUAGCUUUUUCCGCUUAGCUGCUGGCGGUACGGCUUUCGGAAUGCUUUGUGGAUUGGUGGGCGCACGUUGGAUGUCGCUUGCAUCUGACCGCCUUGUCCACUCAGACGCGUUGGUGCAGGUAGCUGUGACAAUCACUGUCGCGUACCUGGCCUUUUUUAUCGGCGAGAACGAGCUGAAAGUUAGUGGGGUGCUGGCGGCCAUUUUCGCAGCAUUGAUGAUGAGCAAGUAUGCGAAGCCCUUGGUCUGCCACAAGGAUGGCAUGGAGGCGGUGUGGCACGCCAUGGAGUACUUCGGAAACACAAUACUCUUUGUCCUAUGCGGGCUCUUUGCGUAUGAGUCGUGCAAGAAAGUGGCCUGGGCAGACUUCGCCUGGCUUAUAUUGCUCUACAUACUUGCAACUAUGGCCCGGGCUCUCAUGGUUGCAGUCCUCUGGCCAGUUGUGAAUAUGGUGGGUGGCUCCGAUGUCACGAAAACAACCUGGAAGGAAUGCACCGUCAUGAUUUGGGGCGGGCUGCGCGGCGCAGUGGGCCUGGCUCUGGCCUUGUCCAUGAGAAAUGAGCUGAUCGCGCAGGGCAAGACGGAGACAGCAGACCGAAUGGUCUUCUUCGUUUCUGGCUUUGCAGCCUUGACCUUGUUGAUAAAUGCAACGACCUGUGGAGCGCUGCUGCAGCGCUUGGAGCUCACGAAGCCCCCGGAGGCACAGGUGGUCAUCCUCACCACGCUGAGGAAGGUUUUGGUGUCGGUGUCGAAGAAGGCGUUCCAAGAUCGACUGGCGGAGGAUGGCCGCUUUAAGGCUGUGCACCAGCAAGAACUGGAUGCACUGCUUGAGCACCUCGACGAGGAGCUUUCCCACCGUGGUCAUGAGCAACACUCACAGGAAGCAGAGGUGCAAGACCACACGCAGCUGGUGGGCAAGUCUACGGCAAGUUCCAGUGACAACACGGAGGUAGUGCCCGAAGCAGAUGAUGUAUUGCAGGAGACUUCUGUGGAGCCCUUGUCGGCCAAAGUGGCAGAGACAGGCACCACGGAGGAGGAGCAGGGCACCUCCUCGGAUCCGGCCAAUGCGAACACUCAGGAGCAACACUGGUGGUGGGGCUUUGAGAAGAUCCAGCCAGCAUCUGGGAGCAUGAACAAGUCCACCGGACAUUCGUACCUGGAGAAGCGGUAUGGCGUAGCAACACUUGGCACCCACCAGGAGCGUAUUGUCUACCGCAAGCUGUUUCUGUCCAUGCUUCGUGCUGAGUACCUUCAUCUCAUGGAUACCGGGAUGCUGCCGCGACGAGCUGAAGGCGCCGAGCUCCUGCUGGCCAGCAUCGAUGCAGCAGAUGACUUCGCUUCCAUCGGCUUGAACGACUGGAAAAUCCUACAGGGUCAGCUGCUGAAGAGGCGUGGCAGCAUCUUGGUCAAGGCCCGUGAGAUGCUGUCUCCUUACUUUGCGUUUGCCCCUGUUACUGUCAGUGGCGGCUUUGUCUUUGACCUGUUCACUGUUGUGGCUUUCAUUGAUGCACACCACACAGUGUGCCACCGACUCCUUCAGAGUGACUGCCUCUCUGGCAACGCACGCCACGACAUCGUUGCAGAGUCCUGCACAGAGUUGGAAGCCGCGCAUCAGCUUCUGAAGGAAAAUUGUAUCGGCGCACAGCAGAUCAGCAAGGUUCGCACCAUGCAGCUGGCCACCAUGCUCUUUGAGGUUCAGAAGGAACAGGUCGCUCGCUGGUUGGAGAUGGGUGUCAUCUCCGACAAAGAGAUGGAGGAGCUUCUGCACAUAAUCAAGCACGGGCUGGAGCAUUCGCAAGAGACCAUGAAGAAGAAGGUGCUGAAUCAGAUGCGCAAGGCCAGGGAGACCAUGAUGACGUUCCGCUCCAACACAGGCCUUCUCUCGCGCGAGACAGAGUGA